AUGGACAUUCCACCUGAAUCCCUUCAAAAGGAUUGUCAGGAACACACGGAAGGAGCUAAAUAUACAAUGUGUAGAAAAAUAACACAAAGCAUCGAUUUCGAAGUUAACGGACUUCAACCCGAUUCAAGGAUAAUAAGAUCGUGCGGUUGGGAUGAAUCGAGUUAUAAAGGACGUUGUUAUCAAAGAUCAGGAUUUGGCGGUCGUCAAGAAGUUUGUUCAUGUCUUACAGAUUUAUGUAACGAUGCUCCCAUGACCAGACGGGGAUUUUCAAUAAUUACAACCGUAGCCAUCGUAACAUUUCUUCCAUUUUCUAUUACAAAAUUAAUCAUCUGA